UUUCAAUCUCAAUCUCACUCUCCACUCCACUCAUCUAUUGAAUUAAAGCAAGCAACAUGAAACUCACCGACCCCAUCAACAUCUCCCGCGAUGCCCAACGAGUCUUCGAAGUGAUCCAAAACAAAGGCAUCGCCCUGAUCCCGGGGAGCAUCGGCUACGGCCUGGUCGCCAGCGACCCCACGGCCCUCGACCGCCUCUUCACCACGAAACGCCGCAAACCCCACAAAAAACACGCCAUGAUCGGCAGCUACGCCUUACAUCAAGAAAUCCACGUCCUGCCUCCGCGCGAGGAAUCCAUCGUGCGCACCCUCACUGUCGAUCUGGAUUUACCCGUCGGCGUGGCGGCCCCGUUUCGGCCCGAGCAUCCGGUUAUUCAGAGACUCGGCCCGGAACUGCUGGAUCGGUGUACCCAUGAUGGGACGUUGUCGAUGUUGGUGAAUGGGGGGCCGUUUCAGGAGGAGUUGAUUCGGUUGUGUCAUGAGGCUGGGGUUCCGUUGUUGGGGUCAUCGGCGAAUAUUUCGGGGUCCGGGAUGAAGGUUCGGGUGGAGGAUAUUGAGAGUGAGAUUCUUGAGGCGGCGGAUAUUGUCAUCGAUUAUGGGAAACGCACGUUUAGUGUGCCCCGCGCGUCGUCGACAAUUAUUAAUUUCAGGGAUCUGAAGUUGGUGAGAUAUGGCGCGUGUUAUGAUGUCAUUCAGGAUGUCUUGAAGAAGUUUUUUGGCGUCGAGUUUCCCGAGGAUCCGGGGAAAGAGGAGUUGUUUUCGGGGCAUGUGGAUCGGGAGCAGGCGACUGUUUAUUAAUCCUCCUACCUCUUUUUGUUGGAAGAUUUAGUAGUCAU